CGAACACUGCCCCGCCAAAUACUGAUUUCGGCGUAUGGUCUUGUACGCAGGGAAGCUAUAUCAAGAUGUGUUUAAGCAACCGAUUGGAAUAUUUCAACCUGAGACUGUAAAUUUAUGCAUCCGUCUUUUGGAAUCUGUCUGAAAUCUUAAGUUGUCAUCAUGAUUGGCGAGAGGAGAAAGAACUCAUUUUGUACUCGUCUUGUUUUAAUGUUAUGUUUAACCUGGGCUGCCGAGUCUCAAGCUGAAUUAUACCCUUCCGGCACCGGCAGUGGUGAUACUGCACUCAGCAAACAGAAUGACAUUGCACAACUCGUGGCGUUGGAUAGACUCUUUCCUUUUGGUGGAAAAUACCACAGCACAUUAUAUAUAGGUGACAAUGGAGUUAUUUCUUUCGAUGACGCAGUUUCCGAAGAGGCGGAUGGAGCCAGAUUCAGAAAUUUGCCGUAUUACUACGACGUUGACGGCGACGGGCGAAUUGAGGACCCGGAUACAAUCUUUGCAUUUUGGGCCGAUGUGGAUAUUACAGGUGACGGAGGUAACGUAUAUUACCGCGUAACAAGCAGCACUACAACACUCGACCAAGCGACUGCAGACGUCCACACCUACUUCCGAAGCAAUUUCGACUUUAGAGCUCAAGUCGUCAUUGUGGUCACGUGGGACCAAGUCUCGUUUUUCGACCAAACAGGUGCCUCGGAUCCACGAAAUACAUUUCAGGCGGUCCUUAUUCACGACGGGCAAGAAUCUUUCGUCCUGCUUAACUAUGGAUCUAUCACUUGGGUCGUUGGGACAAGGAUGGAUGGAGAUCCCAAUACUGGUCUCUACACUGAUACACAACUUGGCAUUGCAAUCGUAAGUAGGCGCUACUAG